GAUAACUUGACGUCAGUCUGCUGCCGAGAAGCUGAACGGACGGUCGCUCGAUCCUCCAGCGUCUCCAUCCUAAGGAUAUUCGCUAAGUAUUGGAUCUAUUUUGGUUCUGGAGAACCCGUGGAGACGGAACCCAUCAUGUUGUUCUAAGUUCUGUCUGCUGGAGGCUUUUGUUGGCGAUAAAGCUUUUAAAAUCUAAAAGGUCGAGCCGUGGCUCCACAGAUGUGGCCUCUACCUCCGCCCAGUCUCCAGUUCAUGAAGGAGGAAGAUGCUUCUCUGAUCGAGCGACUGUGGAUGGGUCUGGAGGGAUGACAGAACAUUAGCAAACAUGGAGACAGGAGAGACGCACCAACAGCUGGAAACGCCAUAUUUACUUUAUUCUCCACUUUAGACGCCCUCAGGACCGCAGAGAACCCUAUUUUUCUACCGUUUUUUCUACCCCAGAGUUGAUAAAGUUUUUGAUAGAAACUCUGAAGCCAUAUUGACGUCAGGAUGAGCACAGAGGGCUUUCAGUACCGCGCGCUGUACGACUACAAGAGGGAGAGGGAGGAGGACAUCGACCUGCAUGUCGGAGACAUGCUGCUGGUCACCAAAGGAGCGCUGCUGGCGCUCGGCUGCAGCAACGGAGACGAGGAGCGGCCAGCAGAGAUCGGCUGGCUGCCGGGCUUCAAUGAGACCACUCAGGAAAAAGGUGACUUCCCAGGGACGUAUGUAGAGUUUGUUGGGAGGAAGAGGAUGUCCCCGCCCACUCCGAAACCCCGCCCACCCAGACCACCAUCGGCAGCAUCUGUGAGGACCGACUCAGAGUCGGAGACUUUGGCGCUGCCGGACCUCCCUGAGCAGUUCGGACCCCCAGACACAGCCCCGCCUCUCCUCAGCAGACUGAUGGAGAUCAUCGAGACCAAAGGUUUUGACAGUCCGGCUUUGUACCGCAGCAUGAGCGGAGGAGUUCUGGACACCCGGCAGCUGGCCGACACCGACCUGGAGCAGCUGGAUGUGCCGUCUCUGUGUGACGCGGUGGUCCGGUUCCUGCAGGAUCUCCCUGGUCCCAUCCUGCCCCCCUCCUUGCAGGCUGACAUGAGCCAUGCGGUCCAAGAGGUCCGAGACCCGGAGGACUGUGCCCAGGUUCUACGGGGCGUGGCCAGCUCACCCGCCUACCCGCCACAGUACGGUUUGACCCUGCUGAGCGUGGUCCGUCACCUGGCCCGCCUCUGUCUGCACGGCUCCAGGAACCAGCUGAGCCCCCGGAUCCUGGCGGAGAACUUCAGCCCCGUGCUGUUCCGACAGCCGGCCGGGUCCGAGUCGGCUCUGGAUCCUCUGAUUCAGGUUCUGGAGGUUCUGAUAACCGGAGAGCUCAACAUGAACCAAGCGGCACCAGCUCUGCCUCCCAAACCUGUGAAGUCUUCAACUCCUGCAGCCCCCAGCAGCUUCAACAACAGCAUCUCCCUGCAGGACGCCGAGUGGUACUGGGGGGACAUCUCCAGGGAGGAGGUGAACGAGAAGCUGAGGGACACCGCCGACGGUACGUUUCUGGUUCGAGACGCCUCCACAAAGAUGCACGGAGAUUACACCCUGACUCUGAGGAAAGGAGGCAACAACAAACUGAUAAAGAUUUUCCACCGCGAGGGGAAGUACGGCUUCUCCGACCCGCUAACUUUCAGCUCGGUGGUGGAGCUCAUCAACCACUACAGACACGAGUCCCUGGCCCAGUAUAACCCCAAGCUGGACGUGAAGCUGCUCUACCCAGUUUCCAAACACCAGCAGGACCAAGUGGUGAAGGAGGACAGCGUGGAAGCUGUGGGCAAGAAGCUGCACGAGUACCACCUGCAGUACCAGGAGAAGAACCGCGAGUACGACCGACUCUACGAGGAAUACACCAGAACCUCUCAGGAGAUCCAGAUGAAGAGGACGGCCAUCGAGGCGUUCAACGAGACCAUCAAGAUCUUCGAGGAGCAGUGCCAGACGCAGGAACGCUUCAGCAUGGAGUACAUCGAGAAGUUCAGACGGGAGGGCAACGACAAGGAGAUUCAGAGGAUCAUGGAGAACUACGACAAGCUGAAGUCUCGCAUCAGCGAGAUCGUGGACAGCAAGCGCCACCUGGAGGUGGAUCUGAAGAAGCAGGCCGGAGACAACCGGGAGAUCGACAAGAAGAUGAACAGCAUCAAACCAGACCUGAUCCAGCUCCGCAAGACCAGGGACCAGUACCUGAUGUGGCUGACCCAGAAAGGAGUCCGACAGAGGAAGCUGAACGAGUGGCUCGGUCUGAAGAACGAAACCACAGAGGAUGAGUACAGCAUGGUGGAGGAUGAGGAGGACCUUCCUCAUCACGACGAGCGCCUGUGGCGUCUGGGGAACAUCAACCGCCAUCAGGCCGAGGCUCUGCUGCGAGGGAAGAGAGACGGAACCUUCCUGGUCCGGGACAGCAGCAAACCGGGCUGCUACGCCGCCUGCUCCGUUGUGGUGGACGGCGAGGUGAAGCACUGCGUCAUCAACAAGACCAGCACCGGUUACGGGUUCGCCGAGCCCUACAACCUGUACGGCUCCUUGAAGGAGCUGGUCCUGCACUACCAGCACACCUCGCUGGUCCAACACAACGACUCGCUCAACGUCACGCUGGCCUUCCCCGUCUACAGCCAGCAGAGGCGGUGACCCCCCCGCCGACGCAUCAGAACCGCGGUUCCAAGACUGGAUUUUACUGUGAAAGUCUCCCAGUGACGAUUGAACUUCCUGCCAGGAUGAAAGGAGGACGGAAAACCAGACGAUCAGGACUUUACUCUGAGGAGGGAUCACAUGGGACCGGUCCAAACCGGAUCUAACUCAGUUUACAGUCCCGUUUAUCACAAAACAGUCAGGAUUUAUGAAUGAAAUUUGUUACUGAGGUUCUACUGAAAGAUCUGAUUCGGCUCUCAGGUGUGAUGCAGAUAUAAAGUCAGAGGAACCGAUUCUGAAGCCUUUCAGUUGGAUUUUAUUCAGAGUCUGAAAACAGAUCUUCUUUCUUUAAAAAAAAUCUUCACCUGGUUGAUCUUCACCAGUUUGCUUC